AUGAAAGUACUGGUAGUUUUGUUAAUUUCGGCUCUUGCCUUGGUGGCGGCCUUUGAAAAGCCCGUUCCCGUAAAGGACAUGCCCGCCGAGAAGAGGAUCAAUGGACGCAUCACCAACGGAUAUCCUGCCUACGAGGGAAAGGUGCCCUAUAUUGUGGCACUGCGCUUCGAAAACGGUGAAAGUGGCUGGAACUGCGGUGGUUCGAUCAUUGGCCACGAGUGGGUCCUUACCGCAGGACACUGCACCUACGGAGCCAGCUACGUGACCAUCAGCUAUGGAGCAGUGUGGCGCCACUCGCCGCAGUUCAAGCACGUCUCCUCCGAGAUGAUCACUCACCACGACUACGAUAACGGCAAUCUGAACAACGACAUCGCCCUGAUUCGCACUCCGCACGUCGAUUUCUGGUCGCUGGUCGACAAGGUGGAGCUCCCGAGCUACGAUGAUCGCUACAACAGCUUCUCCGGCUGGUGGGCCCUGCUCUCCGGCUGGGGCGCUACUUCCAAUGACAGCGGCAUGACCGAUUACCUCAACUGCGUGGACAUCCAGAUAUCCGAUAACGACGUUUGCCUGAACUACUACGGCAGCCACUUCAUCACGCCCAACCACAUCUGCUAUGCCACGCCGGAGAACAAGGGCUCCUGCGGCGGAGACUCCGGCGGACCGCUCGUCCUCCACGACGGCAACCGUCAGGUGGGCAUUGUCUCCUUCGGAUCUGCUGAGGGCUGCCUCUCCAACAGUCCCAAGGGAAUGACGCGAGUCUCCAGCUACUUGGACUGGAUCCGCGAUCAUACCGGCAUUUCUUCUUAAUAAAAGCAGCCUUUAAGGAGUUAAAGGACAAUUGAUUAUGCAUAAAGAGGAA